GUUCAUCUCUAUAUGUAUCAAUGUCAUCUUUUGCAUCAAAAGAAGAACUAAUUUAUGCAGAGACCCAGACGAGUGCUGGCUCACACACAUUUGUACCACAGAAUGCUCGUCAGAAAAUGAAGGACAUUCUUUUCACCUCGAUGUUGCCGAGCAGCAGGAAAAUCCUCAGCUACAUGAAAAUCCCAUUUACGGCAACAUCAACUUAGACAGAAGAGAUUCUGUAGAUGCUUGCCAUGAGAUAAUGACCAUGCAACACGCAGGAGAUCACACCGAGAAGCCUUCACAGCCCAACCUCAACUAUGCCUCGCUCAACCUAAAGAUGGCGAAGAAGCGCGGGAAGAAGACCCGCCACCAGCCAAGCCCAUCCCAGGGCCGCAGUCGGGACGAGCCGCCGGAGGGGGAGGCGGACGCCCGCCUGCCGUCCAGGGACGCCGUGCUGUCGCACAGCAGCAUCUACCUGAACAGCCAGCAGAUAGCGCAGGAGGCGGAGGAGAAGGAGCGGGACGCGCAGUGGGACGGCGUGGGCCGCGAGGGCAUCAGGCAGAGGGAGGACGGGCGAAGUGCACAGUGGGAAGGAGAGCAAGGGAGCGAGGAAAGGCAGCGCCGAGGAGACAGCAACGGGGCCCUGCUGGAGGCCUUUCACAGCGGCAGGUCGUUCCAUAAGUAGCGUGACUCACGCAGACAUUAGACACACAGCAUGUUCGGGAAGCGGAAAAAGGCUCACGAAAGUGACUCUCUCUCUCUCUCUCUGUUGUGUUUGCAUUGAUGACCUUCGAUGGGCGACCCGGCUUUGCGCAACUUCAUUUUUGAGCGUCUCAGGGACCAAAAGGUGCGCCUGUGUGUGUGUGCCAGAGGAUGUAAUGCACGUAGAGGAUGUAAAAGGAAAGGAAACUGGGUGACAUUUAGAGGUCAAGACGCCACGUGGAAAUUUGCAAUUUAUUGCGAAAGACAACGAAAAUAUUAUCUUUCAUCGUUUUGAUGUCUCACAAGCAGACGUCAGCUAAAGGAGUAGGGGGAGGAAAAAAAUCAUCCAUUUAUUUUCCAUUCUGUAGGAAACUUUAGUGAGCAAAUAUUGAAUGAGUGUUGCCUCCGCAUAUGAGCAUCAGCUUUUCAGCUAAACAAUGACUGCAGAUAAAUAUUCAUCAUACAGUUUGGCCUGAGAAAUGAAAUAAGUGAAGUGGGAUAUAGAAGUAAUGGCAUUUUAUUGUCAUUUAAAUGUCACCACGCCGAAGCUUUUACCCAUUUAAGUUACGAUAAUGUUCACAAGCUUCAUAAUCACUAUGGUGAGCUAAUGCGCCUUCUGCUAAAAUUGUUAUUUCCCUAUCUGUAAUCCCCACCUGGGGAAGAUAAUCCACUGCCUUGUUAACUGCUGAGCGAGCUGAGCUCUGAAGGGGAAAACCUCAUCUUUCAUAAAGACUCUCACUUAUCCGUCACAUUAAAAUUGUAAUGACCAUAAUUUUGUCACACGUAUAUUGAUAUCAUACAUUACACUGUAUGUCAAUCACCUGGAUUGCACAGGAUAUUUGCUUUGUUGUUCUGGGUAACAUGACAAGAGAAGGUCAUUUCUUUCUUCCGAAAGGCAAAAGAACCAAUCAAGCAGAUACGGGAACCAAAACAUUCAUAGCAACAGUGGUUUUUUGUCCUUCAGCAUCCUGCAAAAUCGGGAUUGUAUUAAUGAUUCCACGGAAAGAUGGAGACUCUACAGUGGGUCUUGGUUUGUGAAGUACACUGAUUUGAAGAAGAGUCCUGCCAAGCUGCCACUACUCUGCCAGGGAAAAUUUGCAUUUCACUUUAACGUGAAACUGAUUGAAGAAUUAUUUGAAAACUGUAAAAAUUGUUUAAAACAAUUGUAAUACAGCCAAAAAAUUAGAUUACCGGUACUCUAAUGCUGAGAAAGUCCAAAAGGAAGUGGCAUACUCAAAGCUAUCACAUGGUUGAGGCUUGGUUACUGCUUAAUUUAGUUAGAAAAAGAAUGAACCAAGAGUGUUCACACGAAACAAGGAACCACACACACACGCAUCAUGCACAUAUAACACACAGAAGAAGUACAAAGGAGCCGUGUGUAGCAGGUUUUUUUUUAAAAAGCCAAGAGAAUCAAUCUAGACGACUGCCUGUCUAAAGGCCUCUCUGUUAACCAGAAAGGUGAAUCAGAAACAUACUACACUUGUGACAAAGGUUUCAUGCUCGCUGGUCUCAUGGAAAAAGGUGGCGUUACGUGGAGUUUCCAUUUGAUCACCUCCAAGUGAGCAGAGAGGUAAGAGUGGACUAAACUUCCAUGAUCAGAUGGAUUUUCUCAUGAGUAUUACAAAGGGCUGGACAAAAGGUCAAAAGGUGUAAUAUGCAGAAAUUCCUUAGAAAAAAAAAGUUUGUUCCAACACCCCCUCAAGUCGGAAAACAACACCAUUGUGUUUAAUUUUCUUUAACGCAUGUUCUUUGUAACAUCCACGUUGUUUUUGUAUUACGAGUGGAUUUAGCUUACUGGGAGUAGCAUGUGGAGCAUUGUCUGCCCUCUCUAAAUGCCGUUUCUGUUCCAUUAUGUAUUGCUUUUAGUGUCUGUGCCCAUCAUAUUUAAUGGCUGCUUGAAGAAAAGCUGCAGUGCAAAACUGGUCUUGGGCUUUUUGGAGAGCAUAAUAAAUUAUCAAUAUUAAUACGUAUGAUGUAUGCCCUUUCCUAAAAGGUUCUUUCAUAACUUAAUAGAUUUGUGCAAUAUAGAAAUAACACAUUUUUAGCCAUUGCAGUUUAAGCUUUAGUUGUGUACUCUACAUCAAAAUGAUCUUUUCAUUUCCUGAGAAAAUACCUUGCAGAAUAAAGUUUGCAUAUUUAUGAAGGAAACAGUCGUAUUUGUCUGGAAAUCUGUUAUCUAACAAGUCACCAGAUGUGAUGAAAUGAACCUCAUUCAUGCAGAAUCCUGAGAAACACUUU